AGACAUUUCCCCAGCCGCUGCUCUACGCCGAAGCCUCGGCUCAGGAUCCGGCCACCCAUUAUUGCACGGAAUCAGGUCGCGAAGGGCCCUCUGUCAUUCCUUCCAACUGCACAUGCCUUUUACCUUCGCCUCCAUUAUCGCGAAGCGUUUUCUUCAUUGAAGAAGUUCGCGGUGAGAUUGACAAGGCGACACAUUGAACAUGGCGAUACGAGAGGAUAUCGUCGCAUCAGCGACGCAGUUUCUGCAAGACCCCAGCGUUGCAAGCUCAUCCAUCGAGAGCCGCAUGUCUUUCCUUAGAACUAAGAACCUGACCCAAGAAGAAAUCGAUGCCGCUCUGUCAAGAGUCGGCGUACAAGCUGCGCCGGGCCCGAUGCCGAUCGCUCAGCAGCAGCAGCAGCAGCAACAGCCACAACAAUACUACCAGCCAGCAUAUCCUCCUCAGUAUCAGGCAUGGCAACCUCCGCCGCCGCCUCCUAAGAGGGACUGGAGAGACUGGUUCAUCAUGGCAACAGUCGUUGGUGGUUUCAGCUACGGCGCAUACACUCUGGCCAAGCGGUACGUGGUUCCUCUGAUUGCGCCGCCGACACCCGAGAAGCUCGAACAGGAUAAGAAAUCGAUUGAGGAGCAGUUUGACAAGGCAUUCGGACUUGUGGAGCAGCUGGCCAAGGACACAGAGGAACUCAAGGCUACGGAGCAAAAACGGACUGAAAAGCUGGACACGGCCCUGGAGGACAUUGAAAAGAUUAUGACAGAGCUGAGGAACGCCAACCAGCGACGGGAACUCGAGACACAGCGCGUCAAGGACGACGUGCAGAUCCUCAAGGAUUCCAUCCCCAAAGCCAUGAACACCCAGAAAGACCUCACCGACUCGAGACUGAAGGAGGUCAACACCGAACUCACUAGCCUCAAGACCCUGAUCACACAACGCAUGACCGCUGCGUCAUCAUCUACACCCGCCAACGGUCUGCGAACUGGUGCGACCGCUACGCCCGCUCCUCCUGCAAGCAGCACGGAGGCCGCUGCCAGCACCGAGACUCCCAAGCCCGCCAGCACGCCGACGUUCAACCGCCCUUCUCCGUUCAGCGGUGCCACGGGCGCAAAGGCCUCAAUUCCGGCAUGGCAGAUGGCCAUGGCUAACAAGGACUCUGCUGCCACACCGGCAGCAACAAACGGAACCACGUCCGACAGCAACUCCCAGCAGCAGGCAUCCGCUUCCUCAUAAUUGGGCUAAAAAGGAAACACACUGUACAGUAUGCAUCUAUGAUUUCAUUGCGUCAUGAACAGGAGAGCGACGGGUAUAAUUGCGCGUGUGGAACUUUUUUGGAAAAGAAACGCUUGUACAGAGUAGUAAAGGUAGAUAUAAGCCUUGAAGCUA